UUUGAUCCAUCAAUCGCGAGGAAACGACUGGAUGAGAUGUGGAGGCUCUUUAUCAAUUUUGGAGAAGAAAGAGAUCCGUACCAAGUUCACCUGGACCAAGUAGCUGACCGGUAUAUCCUAACCAAGGGAUUUCAGCUGAUACGCGACGAGUUGAUGUUGGGUGAUGAAAGUCAUCGUUCGACUUGUCAAGCAUGCUCGGCCGACUUGACAUUGCCAUCCGUCAUCACGACCUGCGGAUAUACCAACUGCGGUGAUCGCAUCUGUCAAAAUGCAGUCAAAGCAUACACGAGGACGGUUGCCAGCCGUUUUGCCUCUUUGACUGAAGUUGGAGAAAGCAAACCUGAAAUCUUCUGCCCGACAGGAGGAGGAACAGACUCUGGAGCCACUCUUGCUCAUGUAACUGUCGCUCAUCAGAUAGACAAGUCGAUUAGAGAUCAGUUGUAUAACGGCAACCCGCGCUCAUUCAUCCUUGUCAACAUCGACAUCAACACGCACUGUGGUCAUUCAGAACAGGGUGGGACGGUCACAUAUGGGAAGGCGCAGGAGUCCAACUACAGGGAGGCGAGAGCUGCCUGUGGUGCUAUCGCGGGUUUGUUGAGCAAGUACGAUGGAAAGAAUGGCGUGCAUGUUCGUCUUCGCGCAGACUUGGGGGAGGAUAAUUUCGAAUUUCUCACCAAGAACAAGGUUCUAGCGGAUGAUGGCUCGGAAGUGACCAUGUUGGUUGCCGCGUGCAUCGUUGCCGUACAGGGGAUGAGAAAUACUCUCAAGGCACUUGCGCAGAACGAGCUUGACGAGCGAGGCGUUGGGCAUGUUACAGCCUGUGUCGACGUCAAUAACAUGGGAGCUGAUGAGUGUUUGAUAUACUGCGCAAGGGGAACUGUCUUCAAUGGUAAGAUCAUGGAGCAAGGCUUGGGAACCGAAGCGUCAAAAUACAUCGCAAAGAUGUCCUGUGGGGCAGAUGGCAAGAAGAGAGUGAAGCUGUUUUAUGGAGAUGAACAACUGAUGAGAUCAGCAAGUUUUCAAAGUAAUUCCUGA